UUUUUUACAGAUGAAGGGACCUUGGAGUUGGAGAGGGUAUAAAAUUUGUCAAAGUCAUAAUGAGAAAAUGGCAAAAACAAAGACGCAAACCCAGGGCUUCAGAUUACUGCCACCAGGCUCUGUCAAUGACAUCUUUCUCUCUCUUCUUAUUUAGCAGAGCCUGUGUAAAGGAACUGUGAUAGAGCAUGAAUCUGGCCUCAACAAAUAAUUACCAAUGGACCAUUUACUAGUGUCAGGCUGCACCCCCCGGCCCUGCCGUGCCAGGCAGCCAUGACGACGGCCAUCCUGGAGCACCUGAGCACCCUGUCGGUCAGCGGGCAGCAGCUGCGCCGCCUGCCCAAGAUCCUGGAGAAUGGGCUUCCCAAGAUGCCUUGCACCGUCCCCGAGACAGAUGUGCCCCAGCUGUUCCGGGAGCCUUACAUCCACACCGGCUACCGCCCCACGGGCCACAGGUGGCGCUACUACUUCCUCAGCCUCUUCCAGAAACACAACGAGGUGGUCAACGUCUGGACCCACUUGUUGGCGGCCCUGGCCGUCCUCUUGCGAUUCUGGGCCUUUGCCGAAGCCGAGGCCUUGCCCUGGGCCUCUGCCAGCACCCUGCCCCUGCUCAUCUACGUCCUGUCCUCCAUCACUUACCUCCUGUUCAGCGUGCUGGCCCACCUGCUGCAGUCCCAGUCGGAGCUCUCCCACUACACGUUCUACUUCGUGGACUACGUGGGGGUGAGCAUCUACCAGUACGGCAGCGCCCUGGUCCACUUCUUCUACACCUCCGACCAGGGCUGGUAUGAGCACUUCUGGCUCUUCUUCCUUCCAGCAGCUGCCUUCUGUGGCUGGUUGUCUUGCGCUGGCUGUUGUUACGCCAAGUAUCGUUAUCAGAAGCCUUACCCAAUCAUGAAGAAGAUAUGUCAGGUGGUGCCCUCAGGGCUGGCCUUCAUUCUGGACAUUAGCCCCGUGGCCCACCGAGUAGCCCUAUGCCACCUGGCUGGCUGCCAGGAGCAGGCCGCCUGGUACCACACCCUCCAGAUCCUCUUCUUCCUGGUCAGCGCCUACUUCUUCUCUUGCCCGGUUCCUGAGAAGUACUUCCCCGGUUCCUGUGACAUUGUGGGCCACGGGCAUCAGCUCUUCCACGUAUUUCUGUCCAUUUGCACGCUUUCCCAGCUGGAGGCCAUCCUCCUGGACUACCAGGGGCGGCAGGAGAUCUUCCUGCAGCGCCACAGUCCCCUGUCUGUCUACGUGGCCUGUCUGUCCUUCUUCUUGUUGACCGCCUGCAGCACCACCACUGCAGCCCUCCUGAGGCGCAAAGUCAAGGCCAGACUGAUGAAGAAAGAGUCCUGAGGCUGGAGGGUGGGCAAGCUGUGGAGGCACCCCAUUGCGAUUUGGGGGAAAUGUGAUACAAACACAGGAGGUGACUUUUUGUUUUUAAGAGUUUUAAUGUGUAUUAAUGGCUUUUACAUUAAUACAUAUAUCCAAGGAUAUGCUAUGGCCAUGGCUUUGGGAAGCCAAAGGAUUCAAGAGUUAUGUUGUUAAUAAAAGGAGUGUUCAUUUUCCAUCUGGGUCAUAGCCUUUCAAGACACAGGAAACGAAGGGACCUUGGCUAAGAUCAUGGGCACUGAAUUAAGGACCAUAUUUAUGCCUGAAAAUUCAGUAAAAUUCUGACUAAGGCCUCCAGGGGCAAGUCCUGGAGCUGGAGGGGUGAUAAACUUGGACUGGAAAACAAGGAGGUGGCUGGUCCACACCAUAUUGGACCGGCCAUGCUACUAUUGCUGGUCUUUGGUAAUUGAAUAAAUUGACCCAAGGACCCAUUUCCUUUGGGUUUCAGAUUGUCCAAGGUGGAGAAUUCAGACUCUUCAAGAUUCAGUGAAACCUUCAGACAAUGAAUUAUCCAGUUCAUCUGAUUUCUGAUCUCUCCUCUCUCACCCACUCUAACUCUGACCCUUUUCUCAGGAUGACAUCUCUCUGGCUAUUUCCUCUAAAGUGCUGUUCACUCCCUUCAGACCUUGGUAACACACAGGACUGUGAAGUAGUUGCGUGGAUCCAUGUGGCUAUCCAGGAAGCUUAUUCUCAUAUAAUACUAAUGCAGACGGUACUAGAAAGUACAGUGCCAAGAGCCACCUGGAGGCCCAGGCAAUAAGCUUGGAUACUGUUUGGUAUCCUAGGGCCCACUGUUGUAUACCCGUGGACUGGAGGAUUACUUGAGGUCUGUUACAGCUGCCUGACAGGCCAGAAGAUUUGGGGCUUGCUCCAGGGAGUCUUCUCCAGAUUUUGGCCAGCGUGUUCAAAAAGCCCCUGGUAAAAUGAAUUGGUUCUAAGGAUCCCUCUAGGGAUCUAAUUAUUUCAAGAGGAACCCAAGGUCCAGCCUUUUAAGUACAUGCCACACCACAAAGGACCCACAUAACUAGCCCAGUUCAGGGUCCUCAGACAGGCACUAAGCCUCCACUGAGAGCUGAACCCUUAAAAUAGUCGACAGGAAGUGUGUGUGCGCUCUGUGGUUGGUCCCCGGAGGCUCCUUGGAGUAUGAAUGGUGAGUGGGGCACCCUGUAGCUAGAAUGUCCCAUUUCGGACAUCACUGCCCAGCAGCUUCUACGGGGUAAGUGGUACUUGCCAUUGAUGUGUUCUGGCCAUGCAGCCUCCAGAGGACCCACCUCACUUUGGUCCAGUGAAAGAGGCUGCGUUGACAGAGGAGCCAAGGGAGGCUGCAUUUCCUAUCAGUAUAAGGUUCCCAUUUACCGAAAAGGGAAGUGGUUUGUUUUCACUCCACUUUGACAAACAUCUUCUAUUACUAGAUUAUCUUGUUGUCUUUAAAUCUUUGUUUUCUUUCUUUCCCUGAGAGAUAUGUGGAUUUGUGCCUUAUAAAUGGAAAUGUAUGAACACUCCUUAAUAUAUGGCCAUGUGAAAUUUGCGGUUUGGGGUUACUGGGAUUAGAAAGAAAGAAUUUGUUGCUUUUCAACCAGUGGAUGAAGGAUUGUUUAUCAAUCAAAAGACUCUUUCAACCUGCUUAUUUUUGGCAAAAAAGAAGAAGAAGGGGAGGACGAGAAAGAAAAA